AGCACAAAAUAGUGUCAAGGUACAAUGCUGGGGUUUCCAGCGAUAUGUUUCAGCUUGAUAUCCCUGCUGCAUCUUGUUUGGGGCAGAGUGAUCUACAAUAGAAAUGAUGUGUUCCUAGAAGAGAAGUCAGCGGGUUCAUUUCUCUCCCGUAAACUGUUGUAUAACAGUUGGGAUUUUGAGUUACUGGUGCCUGACAAUCUACAGAGAGAAUGCAUGGAGGAAAUAUGCUCAUAUGAAGAGGCCAGAGAGGUGUUUGAAGAUGACAUACAGACGGCCAAGUUUUGGGAAGGCUAUGUCAACAGUCAUGUAUAUGCCCUUUAUGCAGCAAUAUCACACUCAUUUUUUCUGCAUCUUCACAGUGUUCCUGUGCGUAUGGGUGUGGAUGGGCAGCCAAUACCUGAGUCUGUGCCCUUGGCUAACAGGGCUCCAGGUCUCCCCUCGUACAAUGAGGCUCUGACCCACAGCGGCCAGCACGAUGCACCUCCACCGCCAUACUCUGGGGGAAGUCCACCCGAGCCACCACAAACUCAAGAAGAGGAAUGACAAAGACAUGAUGUUGAUGUUGUUGUUGUUGUUGUUGUUUUUAAAUGGGGGAGGGGAGAGGGGUGAUACAGGGUUUUACUGGUGAAAAAGUGCAGCUUCAGUCAGUAGAUAAUGUAUUAUACUUAUGCUACAUGUUCAGCAGUUAACCCUAUUUUAUUCUUUAGAAUUAUUUUGCUACUAUCAUCAUGGAACACAGUUUCGGUGUGAAUGCUGUCAAUAUUUUCAUGAAUCAGAUUUGUUCCUUUUUUUUUUUUUAAGAGUUUUAUCAAAUGGAAUUUAAUUUUCAUUAUUAAUA